AUGGUGAUUCCAUUAGCAGUGGCACUGGUGGUGAUUCUCAUUGGGUGGGUUCAUAAGGCUAUAAAACCCCCAGCUCCUAAAAUAUGUGGAUCCAUUGGUGGUCCUCAAGUUACUUCACCCAGAGUGAAGCUCAGUGAUGGGAGGCAUUUGGCCUACCGAGAAUAUGGUCUUCCCAAGGAGAAAGCUAGAUACAAGAUCAUUGUCAUUCAUGGAUAUAACAGCUUCAAAGACACAACUUUACCAGUUUCUCAAGAACUUAUUGAGAAUCUUGGGAUAUAUUUCCUCCACUUUGACAGGGCAGGUUAUGGUGAAAGUGAUCCUCAUUCAUCACGUUCUGUGAAGAGUGAAGCUUAUGAUAUUCAAGAACUGGCUGAUAAAUUGGAGAUUGGUGAUAAGUUUUACAUAAUCGGAAUGUCAAUGGGAGGUUACCCUGUAUGGAGCUGCCUAAAAUACAUUCCACACAGAUUAUCAGGAGCAGCUUUGGUGGCUCCAUUUAUAAGCUAUUGGUGGCCUUCUUUUCCUGAUAAUCUUUUGAGAGAGGCAUUUCAGAUGCUACCUUGGUCAGACCAAUGGACUUUUCGAGUUGCACAUUACGCCCCUUGGUUGUUCCAUUGGUGGAUGACACAAAAAUGGUUCCCUUCAUUGACUUUGACAAACAUGUUGUCCCCUGAUGACAUAGAAAUCGUGAAGAGCUUGUCAGAACUCCCAAACGCUGGUCAGGAGAAGAUAACUCAGCAAGGUGAAUAUGAAUCAUUACACCGAGACAUAAUGAAUGCUUUUGGAAAGUGGGAAUUUGGCCCAACGGAGAUAACAAAUCCGUUCCCUGAAAAUAAUGGUUCAGUCCACAUAUGGCAAGGGUUUGAAGAUAAGAUCAUUCCCCACACACUGAACCGUUACAUCUCUCACAAAUUACCAUGGAUUCUUUAUCACGAGCUUCCUCAUGCAGGACAUUUGUUUCUCUUCAAGAAAAAUGAAUGUGAGUCUAUUAUCAGAGCACUUGUACUCUCACCAGAUAUUUCGGAAUAA